GUGUACUGAAAAAAAAUCACACCAACCUCCUCAUGAUCAGAGUCUCUAGAAGAGGCUGCAAAAAUAGUUAAGCAAGUGUACUCUCUGCUUCCUGAUUACGAUAAAAUCGUCCCUGCCCUUUUAAGUGGUGGCGUGUGGAAUCUUCCAGAGAUAUGCAACUUUACUUUGGGUGUCCCAGUUGGACCUAUGCUAGCAAAACCAACUAAAGGGGUAUCUGAGAUUGUACAGAAGUUUCAGGAUACAGAAUACACAUGUGAAUACAAGUAUGAUGGAGAACGUGCCCAGAUACAUUUCAUGGAAAAUGGUUCGGUUGAGAUAUACAGUCGAAAUGCUGAAAGAAACACCGGAAAGUACCCUGAUGUUGUUGUUGCAGUGUCGAGGUUAAAGAAGUCAUCUGUAACAUCAUUUGUUUUGGAUUGCGAAAUUGUUGCUUACGACCGUGAAAAACAGAAAAUUCUGCCCUUCCAGGUACUCAGCACUAGACCUCGUAAAAAUGUGAGCGUGAGUGAUAUCAAGGUUGAAGUCUGCAUAUUUUCUUUUGAUAUGUUGUAUCUUAAUGGCCGACCACUUAUUCAGGAACAACUGAAAGUUCGUAGAGAGUGUCUGUAUGACUCUUUUGUGGAAGAAGCUGGAUUUUUUCAGUUUGCCACAGCCUUAACAUCAAAUGAUAUAGAUGAAAUACAAAAGUUUCUUGAUGCUGCUGUCAGUUCAAGUUCCGAGGGUUUAAUUAUUAAAACAUUGAACAAAGAUGCUACCUACGAGCCUUCAAAGCGGUCACUUAACUGGCUGAAAUUGAAGAAAGAUUACAUGGACAGUAUUGGGGACUCACUAGACUUGGUACCUAUUGCUGCUUUCCAUGGCCGGGGAAAACGUACAGGUGUCUAUGGUGCAUUCCUCCUCGCUUGUUAUGAUAGCAAUAAUGAAGAGUUUCAAAGCAUUUGUAAAGUAGGCACUGGACUCACCGAAGCAAUGCUUGAAGAACGCUCUGCCAGUCUCCUUACGAAAAUGAUACCCAAACCUAAGCCAUAUUAUAGGUAUUCUGAUUCAUUGAAUCCAGAUGUAUGGUUUGAUCCCUCAGAGGUUUGGGAGGUGAAAGCUGCGGACCUGACUAUUAGCCCCGUUCAUCGUGCUGCAGUUGGCAUAGUGGAUGCUAAUAAGGGUAUCUCUCUCCGCUUUCCACGUCUAAUUCGUGUUCGGGAAGAUAAACCUCCAGAGCAAGCCACAUCGUCUGAACAGGUAGCCGAGUUGUAUAAUGCUCAAGCCAUCAACCAUUCAAACAAUCAAAAUGACAACGGAGAUGAUUAGGGAACAAAUCGUCAUCAUUUCACACAUUUCUGGAGAUGUCUUCUGUGUAAAGAAAGCUGCAGUCAUGUUGAUACCGCCCAUGUGAGUAUCUCAAUGUGAAUUUUUAAAAUUUAGGCCGAUAGAGUUUAAGCGUUACAUAUAGAGGAGUCUGGUGCCAAUGGCUACAUAUAGAGGAGUCAAAACAUUGAGAAUUUUAUAUUGGGCUGCUGAUCAUUUAGGAUUUAAUUGUUUGUUACGAAACUCUCUAGUUCAUAUUGUGCACAAACAUUGUCGCACGCCUUGGCAACUGUCCCUAGCAUAUUUCUUUCAUAAUAGCAUAAACACAGCUGUCUUGUGUGCUUGUCUACAUCCUUUUCAACACAUUGCGCCUAAAAACACGAUUCCGCCAUGUUACUUGAGUACAUGGCUGCAUCAAAUCUUCAAACCCCAAAAGAAGGGUAAUGUAAGGUAUAGAAUGGUUUAGAAGUCCUAGUUCUAAGAUGUAAUGAUAACAAAGGAGAAGAAGGGGAUGUGACAGAGAUGCUUCCAGUUUGAAGGGAUGGAAUUAGGAUUAAGAUUAGGGAGGUCUUGUCCUAAUCCUUUGAACCAUGAGCUGUUGGUCAAGAGGGUCACACUCAAACCAGUGAAUAUUCCAUUCCUUCAGCCUCUGCCGUGUUGAACAAGCAAUGAUUUUAGUCAGCCACCGCUUCAGGAUUUGGAUUUUUUUUUCCUUUUGGUCCAAAUAUUCUAACUAGUUCUGGGUUUUUCACAUUUGCCUCCAGAAACUUUUACCUGUUUCGAGUUAUUAGUAGGGUUGGGCACGGUUCGGGCUGGCCGGUGAAAGUUUCAAGUCCCUUCAACUCCGGUACCAAUCUCCGGUGAAGAUUUCAAGUGCAUUAUUGAUGUGGAAUUGUUUGGUCCUUAAGUCUUCUCUGUUACUCGAAAUGUUAGCUUUUUCGACUUUUGUUCUAAGUGUGGUUUAUUGUCGACCGUUGAUACACGUUAGUUUUUAUUUGUUAAAUGUGUACAAUUAAAAGAAAAUUUGAAACAGUCGCAUAAUUAUUGUUAUGUAUGUAUUAUUAUUGGGUAAGGUAUUGCUAUCAAUUGUACUUGGAACGUGGAAGUACUCUUGGAUUAUGAAAUAUAGGUGACAUCAUUGGUGUA